GGAGGAAUUUCAAGCCAAGUCCAUUGUCUCAGAUGGGUUUGCUCCUAAGUUCUUGAGGAGAAAAGGUUGGAAUCUGUCCGCCAAGAUACCACGCCAUUACCAAUUGGGUGAAGCUCUCGGCAUCAACCCCGCCUUGAGAGCCCAAUUGCCACCAGAUCAUGUUUGUAAAGGAAGAAGGAGUGAGUCUAAAGGAACAAAUGAAGAGGUCAGUUUUCUAUGAAAUGACACUUGAAAGAAGGUGGGACAAAGUUUUCUCUGAGGAAAACAGUGGGAAUAGUAAUGAAUUGGGUGUGGAUGUUGUGGUUAAAACUGAAGUUGCAGGGCUGGGAGAUGGUAGAGAAGCUGUUUGGGAGGAAGAAAAAGUUGGAGAAGAGGGUGUGAUGUGGUCUAGGAGUUUGGAGAGAGGAGAGAGAAAGGUAGGGCUGAGCAUGGCCAUUGUGGAAAGGAUGAGAUGGGAGGAAGAGAGAGGAAAGAAUAAUGAGAGGAAACAAGUGAGAUUUGAAAGAGUGGAAAAGUUUGAGGGAAUGUGGAGGAAUUUUGGAUUCUAUGUGUUGGUAGAAAGCUUUGUGUUGAAGAGAAUGGAUGGAAGCAUUGUGUUAACUUGUGAUUUUAGACACUCAAAUCAUGUCAAGUGCACUUGGGAGUAAACUAGUAGUAAUUAUAAUUCUAAUUAUAAUAUUAUAUGUAUUUGAUUUCUAAAGUGUUUGUUGAUUAGU